AUGGCCGACCCGUCGCUCGCAGGCCGCAAGGUCUUCAAGGUCUUCAACCAGGACUUCAUUGUUGACGAACGCUACACGGUGACAAAAGAGCUCGGACAGGGUGCGUACGGUAUCGUGUGUGCUGCAACCAACAAUCAGACCGGCGAGGGCGUUGCAAUCAAGAAGGUCACAAAUGUCUUCAGCAAGAAGAUUCUCGCGAAACGCGCUUUGCGUGAGAUCAAGCUCCUGCAGCACUUCAGAGGACAUAGAAAUAUUACCUGUCUGUAUGACAUGGACAUUCCGCGUCCCGACAACUUCAACGAGACUUAUCUGUAUGAAGAACUCAUGGAAUGCGAUCUUGCUGCCAUCAUCCGUUCUGGACAACCCUUGACCGACGCCCACUUCCAAUCCUUUAUAUACCAGAUCCUUUGCGGCCUCAAAUACAUCCACAGUGCGAACGUGCUGCACCGUGACUUGAAGCCAGGAAACUUGCUUGUCAAUGCCGACUGCGAACUUAAGAUUUGCGACUUUGGUCUUGCUCGUGGCUUCAGCAUUGAUCCUGAGGAGAAUGCUGGCUAUAUGACUGAAUACGUUGCCACGAGAUGGUACAGAGCACCCGAGAUCAUGCUUUCAUUCCAAAGCUACACCAAAGCUAUUGACGUCUGGUCUGUGGGCUGUAUUCUCGCUGAGCUACUCGGCAGCAAGCCAUUCUUUAAAGGCCGCGACUACGUUGAUCAAUUGAACCAGAUCCUGCACUACCUUGGAACCCCAUCCGAAUCGACACUGUCACGCAUUGGAUCGCCACGUGCUCAGGAGUAUGUACGCAACCUGCCGUAUAUGUCCAAGAUUCCAUUCCAGCAGCUAUUCCCACGUGCGAAUCCCGACGCUUUGGACCUGCUCGACCGCAUGCUUGCUUUUGAUCCCAGUCAGCGUAUUUCUGUGGAGGAGGCAUUGGAGCACCGAUACUUGGCUAUCUGGCACGAUGCCUCCGACGAGCCGCCCUGCCCGACGACAUUCGAUUUCGGCUUUGAGGUUGUCGAUGAUGUUCAGGAGAUGAGACAAAUGAUUCUCGCCGAAGUCAAGGCAUUCCGUCACUCAGUCCGCCAGCCACAAUACUCCCAAGGGCAUAAUCCAGGGCAGCCACAGGUGCCAAUCCCAAACAACUACGAUCCACGUGCAUACGAGAACCCAAGACCGCAGGAAAUGGCAGGACACGGCAAUGAUUUGGAGAGAGAGCUCCAGGGGGGUCUCGAUGCCAUGCGACAAUAGUAUCGAGGUUUGGCCAGGCGCGUCAGCCUUCGAUGUCUGCAAGAGUAAGGUUAUAAUUCCGGAUGGAGGCAUUGAUUGCCUGCUGCGGGUCGGACAUGCAAGUUGUUGCAUCGUGAAGAGGGUCAGAGAAGAGGCUUGAUGAUGGUGACAAGCUGUGAAAGAGAGGUUCACUUCAAAGCAGCUGCAUGAUGAAGAAAUGCAUGGGUAGUGGCUAAUUUUGCGAUUCCGUUUUAGAGGGAAGAGUCCUAGGAUAAGGCAUGAAAGCAAUGAUACUUUGGCAAAGC